CAUGGGUGAGGAGGAGGUGGAGGGCAUGGCUGCCAUGCGCGAGGAGUUGGCCCGAAAGAACCGCUCCAUAGAGUUCCUGAAGGAUAGAGUGAGGACGGAGCAGAACAAAACCGGGCAGGGCGGCGUGGCGGCGAGGGAGAAGCUCGAUGAAGAGCUCAGGCUACAGGUGGGAAGGACCAACCGGCAUUGCAAUGCCAUCUGUCUGUAUUCUUUGUCGUUUUUGUUCUCUUUCUCUUGCAGGAGGCGUUGGCGACUCGUGAGCGGCAGGUGCAGCACCUCAGUGGACAGAUACAAAGGCAACACAGGGUAGAAUGAACACACCCAUGCUGGAGGCGGCUGCAAAUCACCGCUGGAUGGCUCUUUUUUCCCGUGGAUGUGUAUGUCAGGAGCUUCAGCGUCUGCAGGAGGAGCUGUUCAGGGCCCACCAGGGCAUGAUGCCCAUCGGGCCCUGCCAGCAAUGCGAUGGCAUGCAGCAACACAUACAGGUGCGUGCACUCAGCAACAGAUGCCAUCCGUCCAUGGACUGUUUCUCUCCUGUUGUCUUGUUGGCAGCGUUUGGAGGGCGGCGUGCGUGAGGAGUCUGAGUUGCGGGCCGAGAUACAGCGGCUGCAGCAACAGCUACACUCGUUCGGCAGGGAGAGGGACGGCGCGGAGGUACAAGUGGGCAUGCAAAGGCCGCACAUGGUCGGCCAUGUGUAUUCAUGUGUGCCGUGUUUAGCGUGAGUAUGAGUUGCAGCGAGAGGCGUCGAUGGCCCGGGAGAAGGAGCUCAUCGACAGGGGACUCGACGACCGCAAGGAAAUGUCACAACAAAAAGCCAUCAUCAAGGUGAGCUUGAAACGACGCUGUUCGGUCCAUUUAUCAAUGUCCUCUCAUGCCGUCCUGUGUAUACGUGUGUGUGCAGGAAAAGGACGAGAGGAUACGGCAGCUCAAGAGCGAGCUCACUAGUGUGCGGGAGAAGCUAAACGAACGGGACAGCCAGCUCCAGGAGCAGAAACGCAGACACAAGUGAGUAUACCUACAGCACAAACAAUGCAUUUCGGCUCACGUUGCCCAUUGUCUUCCCCUGUUUCCCCCCUGACCUCAUCAGCACUGAGCGCAGCCGACUGACAUCUGAGAUCCAGCAGCUAAAGGCCGAGCUGGACACGGUCAAGGAGCGCAAGAAGGCCCUCCCGCCACCCCCACAGCUCACCGACCACCAUGCAGCCCCCCCUGUUGCUGACACCACAUCCCACCACCCCAAGGCCAUAACGACCACCACCCAGCCAUCGGCAGCAGGGCCCAGCCUUCGAUCCAUGUCGCCAGAGCCCCCCACGUGCCAUCGCAUCACCCCCGAGAGCGCGCCACCCAACCGCUCAGCCACGCCACAGCCGGGCAAAGCAAGUGCGAGUGCCCUUGGGCGCUCAUACGACGGCAAGGUGGCCGCGAGAGGAGGGAGGGAGGUGCGCAGGGGGUCCAACAAGCAGCAUGGGGCGGAUGACGAGCUGUUCCUCACAUCCACACACACGACGGCGAGCUCCUCGUCUGCGCAGGGGGCGGGCGGGCCGCCUGAGAAGGCAGGAGGGAUAGCCACGGCCAGUAGGAGAGGCAGUGGCGGUGGUGGUGGUGGCAGGAGGCCCUCGGAUAACAGCGAUGAGCAGCAUCAGCACCAUCACGUCGUGUCGUCGGGUGUGAGGCGGGCCAGUAGAGAUGAGGGCAUCGGUAGCACUACCAGCGAUAUGCUGGCGGCCAGACGGGAGGCGCUUCUCAGCCUCGAGAAUGACGUAUUCAGGAACAUCGACAGGAGAAUCAGGUGACAUACGAAGAACGACGAGCUGCAGGCACACAUGCACCUGGUCAUCUUCUUGUCUGUCUGUCUUUGCACAAUCUGCAGCCUUGGCGAGAGCAGCACCGACGGCAAGUCUGCCGUUUCGCGAGACAUUCCUCCCUCUACCCCUCCCCCAUACAGCCCACCUGUCGGCCAGCACACACCCCCAGACGAGCCAUCGGGCGGCUCGCUAGCCGGCACUCUGGGUCGGGGGCGACAUCACUUCCUGCUCAACUCCCCCAACCCACCGCCAGAGAAGAUGGGCCGUCACGCGUCGAUCGAAGAGUCCUUCGAGCGGCCUUCUCCUUAUAGCAGAGAGCCCAACCGUCAGCGCACGCCCCCGCCCACCCACUCACGCAGCCUGUGGGAGGGCGAGCCGAGUCAGGCGUCUGUGCCCCCGCCCCCCAGAUGGGCAUACAAUGUGCGCGGCAUCGGCUACGAUUGGAUGACUAUGCAAGAAGACGACGGUGCUGCCUCCCCUGUGUCUCGCGUGCGGAAUUGGCGGAUUAGUGGUGGUGGUUCAGGUGAGGGACGGCCACGGCUGGACAGCUGGGUGCGCGGGCCUAGCAAGAAGACGUCGUCUGAGGACAUCAUGGCCGAGAGCGUCGAUGACGCCCAUUCGCAGCCAAGCGGCCACCGUCCGCUGCCGCACUUCGGCCUCAUGGGCGAUGCAGCGCCUCACAUCGUCGCCGCCCCGCCCCCUCCCUCCAUCCUAGACAUCCACUCACGGCUGCAGUUGGCGGCCGACUUUGACGACUCGCCGGCCACGCCCAAUCCCGAGGAGAGGCCGCUGAAGCCGCCAGAGGUGGCCGAAGGGGCAUCGUACGUCAAGCUGCUCACCUCUCAGGUGGACGCCGACACCAACCCCAACAGCAUGCAGAGGGAGCCGACAAUGGAGGGCGGCCAGGCCCCGCUCGGCAAUAAGAAUCGGCUGAGGAAGGGCGCUGGGACGUUGGCGAGCACACCCAAGGGCAUCAGCAAGGACGAGAGCGCGCUGCCGAGUCCGCCGUCGAACAUCCAGCUGCGAGGCCGGCCGGGCGGCAAGCACACGUCGGCUGUCUCUUCGUCCCACCCGACCAUGAAGCACUUCACCUUCGGCACCACGUCCAACCCAUCCAUUGCCAUGCCGGCGAGCACUCUCACCAGCACCAAGUCCCGCAGCCAGAGAGGCAGGGAAGCCCCACAACCGCACCCGAAGCGCCCACCCCCCCUGCCCCCACACAGCCCCGCAUUCAGCGACAACAUCCACCCCGAAGGCCCCGCCGGCAGCGGCAGUAGCAGCAACACGGCCAAGAGUCUGAGGGACAUGUAUCUGCAGCAGCGGGAUGCGCUCAAGAAAGGCAGGGAGGGUGCGGGUGGGAGCCCCGACCUGCGGAGCAAGGUGGAAGGGCUGCGGAGCGCCAAGACACAGACGCUGGGCGGCACACCGGGGGCGGCAGCCGACGAUGUGGACGCGCACCUGACCAGCUACCUGCGGGAGAAUCCUGGCCAUAUCGGCGGGGGCAACUUUGUGCGCAUAAAAGAGGUGAAGUCAUGAGAAAGGGAUAGCUCAUGCAUGGUCCAUGUGAUCUAUCCGUGUAUCAUGCGUACAGGGUGUGUAUGAGUACGCGUCGUCGAGCGGGCGAGUCAAGAAGAGAGCCCUGCUGUCGUUGAAGAAUGGCAAGCUGAUGGUCAGGUCGGGCGGCGGGUCGUUCCUCACACUCAGCCAGUGGUGCGCACGGGAUGGCAAUGGGGGAUGAGGGGACGGGCGAGUACUCGUGUGUGUGGAGAGUGUGUGCAUGAUUUCGCUAUUGGUGCCUGUUGCUCUUUGGUUGUUGGUGGACCGAUGCGUGUCGACUGACUGGAAGACUUCGUGUGUGAAGAGAAUUUGUGCAGCAU